AUGAACUACCGUCGUGAAUACUACUGGUUUUCCCAGUAUGUGUUGGUAACUUUUACAUUGUUCUUUGCUAUUUUUUGGACACUAUUGCCAAAAGUUAAUGAGAACGAUGAUUGGGUUUAUGGCUUCAUUCCAGCCAGUUUUGUACGUUCUAUUGGGGAAAUUAUACCUCAAAGAGGUUGGAUCAUUUACUUCGAAUGCUUUCUGCUAAUGGGCAUGCUUUGCACAUACAUAGGGUUGCAAUUCUUCAAUGAGGAUAUACUGACACCACCAAUAGACGAUCUUCGAACUAUUACAGACUCAAAUGCUAAUAUUAUAGUGACAGAUGCAAAUGAUGAUUUUAUUAGAAAUUACGCCUUUAAAGAAAGUAGUGGUAUUGUAGAUUUACCAAUAAUGGAUGUUUGCAAUAUACUUUACAAAGAAAAUUACAUGGGUGAAUACAAGUAA